AAUAAUUUAUGUCUAGAAUUAUGUUCUGGUCUCAAUAUGAAUAUGAAACUAUGGAAGCUUAUCAGAUUUGCUUGAAAUUUCCAAGCCAUAUACCUAAUGCUACAUUCAUAAAGUAAACAGGUAUACUAGACUUUCAUUUCCCAACCUGACAGAUGUGUAUGUGCUGCAACUUUUGGAAUCUUGGAUAAUUCCUGCCCAACACAUUUGGAGAAUACCAGAUUGUGUAAAGUUGCGCUCUGUUUAACUUCUUCAUCGGACUGUGAUCUUGGAAAGGAAAGAAUCUGACCCCAUCUUCCUUUCAGUUUUAAGUUUAAUUAUUUUUUUCUGAAUCAGUUUUAUUCAUUACUCUCUGCUUUUUGUUCUACAUAUAAAUUCCUUGCUACACAAUAAUUUUGCUACUUUGAAAUUGUCCAUUCAUCAUGUUGAUUUCCAGUAAUAUGUCUGCUUCUAAGUCUUAAGAGCAUAAAAUGAUGCAUCCACCAUAUUACUCCAAAUAGCAAAUGAUUUAGGAAUGCUGACUAUGCAUUAGACUCUUUUUUACUUUAUGGUAACUGCUUUUCACAUAACACUCAGCUGAGGGUUACUGAAUUUGGUCUGCAAAAUCAGUUCAGCCUUCUGUCUCUAUCAACUAUCAUCUGGAUUUUUACAACAGGAUCUGAUAGCCCUGUAUAAUCUGAUGAAUGAAUCAAUUUUCUGGAUUUGGACAAUAUUUCAUACAAGGAAUCAAAUGAAUUGAGUUUCUACAACAUGCUAAACCAAGAAACCAAACUAAAACCAAGUUUAAAAUAACAAAGUUUACAUUUUGUAGAACUGCUAGGACAUUUUAACUAUUUUAACCAGAACUAUAUAACGCAUUGGGCGAAUACAGCCAUUAUGUCUUACUCCCUAAGUCAUAUUCAGUGGUUUAAUAUUUGACUCACACAUUUUAAUUCGUAGAAGAUUUUCUCAACACUGAAAAUGACAAAAAGUUUUAUUCUCUCCUAAAAGUUUAAAAAAGCUGAAGGAUGACUUGUUGACUAGGCUUCCAAAAUGGCACAAAAUGAAGUUAUUUUAGCCUACAAACAGAUUUAUUUUCCUGAUUCCAACCAAUGUAAUCAUAUUUUCUCACAAUUCAUACCCAACAUGGUUCAGUGUAAUUUCUUCCAAGUUCUCCCUGUAGAUAGAUUUCCAAUCUCAUUCUGAAAUUUUUGAAGUAGAGCAGUAUAUAAAUGUUUGUGUGUGUAUGCAUAUACAUGUAUGUAUGUAUGUAUGUUUAAUUACAUAUUUGUUGUUAAUAUAGCACAAUUGUAUGGAAUUAAGAGCAAAUCACAAUCAAGCCCUCUGAGAAGCAAGAUGUUUUAUCUAAAUCCUCCAUUUUAAAGAUAAGAACAUUUUCUAUAUUUUUUGUAUUUUGUAUUUGUAUUUUCAUACAAUUUUCCUCAGCAAAAUGAAUUCUCGUGCUUAAUAGCAAGAUCCAUUGGAAUAUGCUCAACAACUUUUUCCUCUGAAGAAAACAACCAAAGGGGCCAAAAUCUAACUCUGUGAGCCUUCAUGAGGAAAACAGACUCUUCCAUCACCCAAAACAAGGCGUGCUUCUCCAAAAGAUCUGUAGAAUCAGAUGGCUUGAAAGUCUCUUCAUGAGCAACCAAAGUCUGAUCUUGCCAUGGCUAAUGUUUCUGAUUCCUUCCCAAAGGAGUUUUUUUAUCCUGCUCAUUCUCAGGACUCUAGCAGUGACAUCAGCACAGCUAACCUGCUCUUGCUGAGCAGGCAGAAUCGUCUUAUGAAUGGGACUAAUCCAAACUUCCACCCAUCAUCGCCUAUGGGAAGAGUUAUUCUUAUCAACACACCACUAGAAGCUAACAGUGAUGAGAGUGAUGUUAUCAAUGCCAUUACAGUGGAGAAGAGCAAAGACGGGAAGCUGGGUUUCAGUGUGCGUGGGGGCUCUGAACAUGGCCUGGGUAUUUUUGUCAGCAAAGUGGAGGAGGGCAGCAGUGCAGAACAGGCUGGACUUUGUGUUGGAGAUAAAAUCACAGAGGUGAAUAGUGUGAGCUUGGAGAACAUUACAAUGGGAAGUGCCAUCAAGGUCCUGACAGGGAAUAACAGGCUGCGAAUGGUUGUGAGACGUAUGGGCAAAGUGCCAGGGAUAAAGUUUUCCAAAGAAAAGACUACAUGGGUUGAUGUGGUAAACAGGCGUUUGAUUGUGGAGAGGAGUGGCUCAAGUCCCUCAGAUACCAGCUCUGAGAUAGGAAGGCGACGCAUCGUCCAUCUCUAUACCACAUCUGAUGAUUAUUGCUUGGGUUUUAAUAUCCGUGGAGGGAAGGAGUAUGGUCUUGGCAUCUAUGUCUCCAAGAAAAGCCUGAUCUUUCUUUCAAAUGCCCCCCUUGUGCUUGUUCGAUGUUGUAUCAUUCCCAGAGUGGAUCCUGGCGGGCUGGCUGAGCAACAUGGAAUCAAAGUUGGUGACCAAGUCCUUGCAGCCAAUGGAGUCAAGUUUGAUAACAUCAGCCAUAGCAGGGCAGUGGAAGUGCUAAAGGGGCAGACCCACAUCAUGUUGACCAUUAAGGAAACAGGGAGAUUCCCGGCAUACAAGGAAAUGGUGGCUGAGUACUGCUGGCUCAACAGAUUGAGCAAUGGCCAGUUGCAGCAGCUGUCCCAAACCUCUGAAUCCAGCUCAUCCAUGUCAUCCUAUUCCUCAGGGACCCCCUUAAGCUCUAUGAAUGGCCUAUUUAUGGCCCCAGUUUCCAGCUCAGCUGAAGGUUAUAUGGUUGAUGUUGGCAUCUCCACAGAAUUGCCAGUUCAGAGCCAUUCGUCACAGAGGGCAGAGACCGCUAUGCAGACAGAACCAUUGCCUGAUGGGGCCUUCUUUUCAGGGAGCCUGAUCUCAGAGACCCAGAGGAUUGUGCAGCCCAUGAAAAUCCUAAAAGACACGGCCAUUCGCACAGAAAGCCUCAAAGAGUCUUUUCACCUAAGGAAGCACCAGACAUUUGUUAGCAAGGAAAUCACAGAGCCAUCCCCCAAAAUGGCUCUUCUUCUAGCGCUCAGCCAUCCCCGUCAGCCCAUUAAGCGAUCACAGAGCUAUCUGACCAUCUGUGAGGAAAAGCAUCAAAGAAAGAAAGGGAAGCUGGUACCAUCAGAGAAGAAAGUCACUCUCCAGCGCUCCAAAACCCUGAUGAACCUAUUCUUUAAGAGCACCCGACUAGGGAGGCCAAGCUCAACAACUGGAUCCUUGGAAUCACAGAGGAAGUCCAAAUUACCUGCACAGUCUGAAGGAGAGAAAGAAAAAGGCCGGUCCUUCGUCUCUCUGAGCUCCAAGGGAUCUGACAAACACAGUGGCGAUGAGCCCAGCAAAAUUAUCGACAGCCACUUGCUGCUCAUUGAGGACAUGGCCAGGAAGCUGCUGAUGGAAGAUGAAGUGGCAGCUGUAUUGCGACACUGCACCCGAUACAUUCGAGAAGGUGGAGUAGAAGACCUGGUGAGGCCACUGCUGGCAAUUCUUGACCGUCCUGAGAAGUUGCUGCUUCUCCGAGACAUCAGAAAUGUGAUUGCCUCUACAGAUCUUGGCCGCUUUGACAGUAUGGUUGUGCCCCUGGAAAUGGAAGCCUAUGAUGCACUCAAAAGCAGAACAGGCGAAGAAGUUUUGAGAUCACCUGCCCUCCGCCCAGCACAGCAUGAAACACCCCCAAAGAGACAUCUUAUCACUCCAGUGCCUGAUUUCAGGGGUAGUUUUCUUCUGAAACCAGUGAUGACCAACAAGGCAAAUGGGGAGGAAGAACACAAGGAGAUGCUGAAGGAUGCCAUGGGAAGGCUGCAGCUCUCUCCCAGACAUGGGCAGACUCAACCUCAAAACUAUACUCCUCUUGCUGAUGUGCCAGUGGAUUCCUAUAUUCUCAACAGGGUCUCUUCCUCAGUGGCCAGUGGCAAAGAACCCCAUUGGAGUCUAACUAAACCUACAAAAUCCUCUAUGAGCUCCCUACACACUGUAACCUCUCAGGUACAAUCCCUGGAGCAUGGAGAUGGACAACCUGGCAGAGAGAGACCACCUUCUUCAAAAUCAAGCCAUAGAAAGGCUGUUGCAUGGGGACCACACGGGGAAAUUUUGCCUGCCAGUGAUACCCUCUAUUCUGUUAUUAAUCGACCACGCAGAGCUAGGCCCCUGCUCUCACAGCUCUUCAAGGAAACUUCAGCUACUAGCAAGGUAAUGCAAGCAGAAAUGGGAGAUGAGAACCUGCUCCAAAAUGGCCCCAAUGACAAGGAGGAGAAGGAAUAUGAACUGGUGACUGUCAGCCUAUCCAAGAACAAGCAAUCUCUGGGUAUCAGCAUUUCAGGAGGAAUAGAAUCCAGAUUGCAGCCAAUGGUGAAGAUAGAGAAGAUAUUUCCUGGGGGAGCAGCAUCUCUGAGUGGAGAACUGGAGGCUGGCUAUGAGUUGGUUGCAAUCGAGGGGGAGAGUCUACAGAAUGUAACACACCAGCGAGCUGUGGACAUAAUCCGCCAAGCCUACCGCAACAAAGCUAAGGAGCCCAUGGAGAUAGUAGUGAAGGUGCCGAAGAAAAUCAAAUAAAUGUUGCAAAUCAAGCAGUCAGUGCUGAAGAAUGUGGUCAGCUGAGAAAUCGGAGAGUCCUGCAAUGCGACUGUUAAUGAAGAAUCCGUUUAACUAUACCUGUUUAUUGUUCAGAAAGAUAUGGUACUCGGGAAACCAAUUGCUAGGAGAGUUACUAAAUUAUCUGCCCGGGAAGCUUUCAGGCUUAAUGGAGCAAGUAAUAGUUUUCCAGUUCUGGAGAGGCCUAUUUGGAACAGGAACAGGCAAGAUCAAAGAUCACAUUGUCCAAGUCAAGCAACAAGUAUUGUUUCCAAAACUACAGUUAGCUGCAAAUGGACAGCUGUCGCUAAGAACAAUUGUUUUGCAAUGAGUUGGCAUCUCAGUGGAGGAAAUAUUGUUUUUGACAUUCUGACCCACCCCAGUUGACACUCCUAGAUGAUAAGGCCAGUUCCAGCUAACUGGAGCCAGAAGGAAAGGACUACAAAGAAAGUCAAUAUUAAUCACUGGAGGGAUAUUUGUUAAUUCAGGUUCAGUAAUGGACCAUAGCAUUAAAUUUAAUAAAUUUACCUACACUCAUGCAUUUGUAAGUGAACCAUAAAGUUUGAAAGACAAUAACCCAGAAUCUCAGAUUGUAAAUCCAAAACUCUGAAUAUAAUAUUCUCACUUGAAUCUCCUUAAAUCCAUUGUUGACUAAAUAACAAACUGGCAGUGAUCCCCCCCCCCCCAAAAAAAACACCCAGGGAAAUGAAGAGGCAGUCACUGUUUUUCAUCCGGCCUCAAAGCCACUCUCAGUGACUGCAAUGAUGCAAAUCAGAAAGGAACAUAGACUGAAAAAAAAUCAAAUUACUGCUUUUGUGGUCUUCCCUAAAGGCCAGAUCCAACAGCGGCUUCAAGAUUGUGUUGGUUAUCACCUAACUAAGAAGAUUAACUAAAGAAUAUUAUCAUUUUGUUAUCCCUGAGCUGAAGUAACUAUUGGGGAUCAACCCUGGCUGAUUUCCAGGUCAAUAUUUCUCAUAUGGAACAAUUGUCAGCUGUUUACAAAGUGCCGCCACCAGCCGGAGUGGAAGAAAAAAAUGCAAUACUGGUAGAAGUCCAUUUAGACCCAGGAACGAGAGCAGGGAUGAGAAAUUACUAAG